AAAAGCCUUACAACACAAAUCCCAUUUCCAAGACAAACACAAAAGAAAAAGAAGAGAGAGAGAGGGAGAGAGAGUUUCAUCAGCUCCGGGGCUGCUUUCUCUCGUCUUCUCUUUCUUCCAACUGCCAAAACCUCCGUUUCCAUCCUUAAAACCACCAAUUCCAUGAAAUCGCUCAUCGAAACCACCCAAAACCACUACCCAAAACCGCUUCCCUGCAAUACGACAACCGCCGCAGCCUCCAAUACAACCACGCCUCCCUGCUAUGAGCCCACCUCCGUUCUCGACCUUCGCUCCAGCCCCGCCUCCGCCGCCGGUGGGUCAGACUCUGUCUGCGGCUCCGUCCCGCUGCCAGACGACCCUUCUCUUCCCGCCGACUGGGAUUCCAUAAUCUGCUACCUGACCGACAAGGACGAUUCUGCGCCUACUCUCAGGAGUAUUCCCCAAUUUGCCCCUCCUGACACCGGAAAUCCCAAUCUCCCCCCUUUCCCACCGUCCGUCGACUGCUACGACCAGCCUCCUUUCGACUUCGAUCCGUCUCCUUUGGAUUUCUGCGGUUCCGAGCCCGCCUCCUUCGAUCGGCUGCAUCUCGAGCAGUUGAUCCGGGCCGUUGAAUCCGUGGAAUCGAAUGAAAUCCCGCUCGCGCAUGUGAUAUUGGCGCGGCUCAAUCACCAGAUCUUCUACCCUGUGGGGAAGCCUCUCCAGCGAGCUGCUUUCUACUUCAAGGAAGCUUUGGAAGCUCUGAUCGGUUCUCGAUCGCCGAUUUCGACCGCUCUCACCCCGAUCGAGACGGUACAGAAGAUCGGAGCUUACAAGGCCUUCUCCGAGCUUUCUCCCAUCUUCCAGUUCGCGAAUUUCACCGCGAAUCAGGCGAUCCUCGAGUCGACGGACGGGUUCGGGUCCAUCCACGUGAUCGACUUCGACAUCGGGCUCGGCGGGCAGUGGCCUUCGUUCAUGCAGGAGAUUGCGAUGAAAUGCAGAUCCGCACCGUCGGUUCGGAUCACGGCGAUCGUCCAGGAGGAAUCAGUCGAGACGGAGCUGACGAGGGAGAUACUAUGCAGCUUCGCUAGGGAGAUCGGUAUCCGUUUCCAGAUCGAAUUCGUCGAUCUCUGCUCGAUUCGAUUGGUCGGAGGAGAGGCAGUAGCUGUCAAUCUCUCGCCGUCGAUCUUCGGGCGGAUCGACGGGACCAGUUUCCUCCGCUUGCUCAGGCGGAUCUCGCCGCGGAUAGCAGUGUUCGUCGACGCCGAGUGUAGGCGGGAAGUGGCCGGGCCGCCAUGGUUCCGCCGGAAUUUCAUCGACGGGCUGGAAUUCUACUCAGUGCUGCUGGAAUCGAUGGACGCCGCAGCCGCCGGCAACGGCGGUGCCGAGCAGAUGCGGAGGAUCGAACGUUUCCUGCUACGGCCCAGAAUUUUCCGGUCGGUCGCAGCGGCUGGGAACAGGUCAUUGCUGUGGAAGGACCUGUUUUCCGGUGCCGGGAUGUCGCCGAUUCCAUUCAGCGAGUUCACCGAGUCGCAAGCCGCGUGCCUGCUCCGGCGGGUCCCAGCCAGGGGGUUCCACGUGGCGAAACGCCAGGCGACGAUGAUGCUGUGCUGGCAGGGGCGUGAACUGGUCGCCACGUCAGCGUGGAGGUAUUGACUUUUCAGGGACCGACGGGAGUUGCUUUCAUCCACACCGUUGGAUGAUUUUGGGCUGGUGGUUUGUUUUUGUUGGGUGUGGUUUCUCUUCUUCUUCUUCUUCUUCUUUCUAGGUUUUUUUUUUUUUUUUUUUUUUUCAGCUGGAAAGGGUCUGUUAAUUAGCUAACAUGUUAAAAAAAAAAAAAAAAAAACCAACGUUUACUUCUUGAAUGGAAUGGUAUUUCAUGUA